CCCGCCUGUGGCGACGUCAUGAAGCUGCAGGUGGAAGUGGACGAGAACGGGAAGAUCAUCGACGCCCGCUUCAAGACGUUUGGCUGCGGCUCGGCCAUCGCGUCCAGCUCGCUGGCGACCGAGUGGGUCAAAGGAAAAACGGUUGAUGAAGCUUUGAAGAUCAGGAACACAGACAUCGCUAAAGAACUCUGCCUUCCUCCAGUCAAACUGCACUGCUCUAUGUUGGCUGAAGAUGCAAUCAAGGCUGCCUUGGCUGAUUACAAGUUGAAGCAGGAUCCAAAGAAAGAAGAGUCAGAGAAGACAACCAAUGCCUGAACGGACUGUAGAGCUUGUUCUCAUUGCUCUUAAUUUUGCAGUGCAAUUCCUCUAGCUGUUAGAUCCUGUGCACUACUCAAUGAAGCUGUAAGAUACGCACAACUCACGCACAAUGUGUCACCGUUCCGUGUGUGUUAAGACACUCUGGUAGUGCUUAAGUGACUGGAAUGUGGGUAUUUGAGCAGCCUGUAUCCUGUCCUGACUAUUUUUUUUUUGAAAUGUUUGGGUGAAGGAGACUGCUUAACUGUAAAGAACUUUAGUGGCUUCUCUCAGAAGUGAAAAUCCGGAUGUUCCAGUGCUGGAAUGGCUGCACCUUUGGAAGAUGUUUUGGUAGUUAUACCUAAUGUUUUGCAGAGUUUAAUGGGAAAUGUUGCCUUGGUCUUAAUGUUUAUGUAAGAACUGCAGGUCAAUUCAUGUAUCAAUGCAGUGUACGAAUGCAGAGCAGUUCAUGUGUCUGCAAACCACA